AAUUUCCUUCAUUACAGAAGAUAUGUGCAUAGACAGACGGCGUCAUUCCAUUUAUAGAACGGUGCGAGUGUUCCAGCAAUAUUGAUAAGGCUAUCUUAUGCAUGCGUCUCUCUGACAAUGGAUUCUCUAGCCAUUUUACUAAUUUCUUUGGUGUGUGUAUCUUGUUCCAACCAUGAUUCCAUUGACCUUGCAGAAGAACUGAAAUUGCUAUUGGAAAGAACAAAAUUCCUGGAAACAAACCACAGGCACCUUCAAACUGAAGUCGAGGACUUACGAACCAUAGUUACUCUCCUUAUUGGUGAAAAUGGGGAACUUCGAAGGAAACUGGAAAGUCAAGAACAAACAGGGAAGAAAUUUAAUACAGAAACUGAAAGCCAAACAAAACAUUUACAGUUGUCAAAUUAUACACACAAGGAAAACCGACAACGAAUAAGGAGAGCUUCGUCGAAUUUGGGAUUCUCUGCUUCGAUGCAUGGAAAUAUUGGAGUUUCCAGUAGCCAAAUCUUGGUGUUUGAAAGAGAUACAACCAACAUAGACAAUCGCUACAGUUUAAGAAGCGGACAUUUCCUUGCACCCUACGAUGGACUAUACUUCUUCACGGUGACCAUUGUUGCAAUGCCAGACAAGUUCAUUGAGACGCAGAUCGUGCAUAAUGGAAACCCAAUAUGCAAUAUUUACUCCGGCGCGGGUGGUGGCUAUUACGGUGCUGGGACAAACUCGGUGGUGGUCAGUCUUACCAGUGGUGAUGACGUUUACGUUGGGGUCCGAGGUGGUCAGCAUAGCUCUGGAAUUGUUAUUGACGGGCCAUAUUCUCGAUUCACUGGUUUCUUUCUCAGUCCUAAUGUAUAAACUUUAAUGAAAAAUACAGAGAACUUAUAAA